AUGUCUCUCACCUACGGCACAGGCGGUGCGACGGCUGCCCUGGGCGUGGUAGCGCUGUAUAUGCUCUUCAACAACGAGGGCGAAGCUUUCAACGUCGGAGCCUUCCUCGAAAGCGUAUCACCGUACACAUGGGCCAGUCUGGGGAUCGCCCUAUGCAUUGGUCUCUCUGUCGUAGGCUCAGCGUGGGGCAUUUGGACGACCGGAGUGUCCAUUCUCGGUGGAGGUGUCAAGGCGCCGCGGAUACGAACGAAGAACUUGAUUUCGAUCAUUUUUUGUGAAGUCGUCGCCAUUUACGGCGUCAUCAUGGCCAUCAUCUUUUCCUCCAAGAUGAACCAACUCUCUGAUCCAGAAUUAAUCUUCUCGGGAUCAAACCAAUUCACCGGAUAUGCACUGUUCUGGGCCGGAAUAACCGUGGGCAUGUGCAACUUGAUCUGCGGUGUCUGUGUAGGCAUCAAUGGAAGUAGCGCGGCGCUGGCUGAUGCUGCGGAUCCCGCUUUGUUCGUCAAGAUCCUCACUAUCGAGAUUUUUGCGGCUAUUCUUGGACUUUUCGGUCUCAUCAUUGGUCCGAAACUGAAGGCAGCUAUUCUUAUUGUCUCCGAGACUGCCUCGAAAGACCCGACCACAGACAAAUGUGUACCCAUUCUAAAGAAGGUCUUCGGUGACCUUGGAAACGACCACUGGGACGUCAGCGAGAUCGAGAUCGAAAUCGUAUCGGAUAGUAUCCUCGCGAUUCAGAAGACAGUCAGAAAAUGGACCGAUGGCGAAGAUCCUGUCAAUUUGAUCGUUACUAGUGGAGGAACAGGCUUUGCGACUAAAGAUGUUACUCCCGAGGCAAUCACACAACUGAUAGACCGACAUGCUCCAGGUCUCGUCCAUGGUAUGCUCACGACUUCGUACGCUGUCACACCCUUCGCUUUGAUGGCAAGGCCGGUUGCUGGUGUUCGGAAACAAACACUCAUAUUGACUCUGCCUGGAUCGCCAAAGGGUGCUAAGGAGAACCUCGAAGCAGUGAUCAAACUGUUGCCACACGCUUGUAUACAAGCAAGUGGUGCUGAUUCUAGAUCGCUCCAUGCAGGAGGGGUGAAGAAGCUUGAGAAAGAAGCGGGAGUCUCAGCAGCUGGUUCACCCACAGGUGCUGCAGGUGGACACCACCAUCACCAUCAUCGUGGACACGGUCAUGGGCAUGGCCAUUCAGGACCAAAGUCACACACAAAGCCAGAAGAUCGACCUCAGUCGAAUGAUCCCGCUGCAGGGCCAAGUCGCAGAUACCGAUCUUCGCCAUAUCCUAUGCUUGCUGUUGACGAUGCUCUGAGACUCAUCUCAGAGCAGACACCAGUUACCGUAGUCAAGAAAGUACCCGUAGACAUGAAGCUAGGAGGCUCCGUUCUUGCAGACGAUGUCAAAGCAGCCGAGUCCGUUCCGGCUUUCCGGGCUAGCAUUGUUGAUGGGUAUGCGAUCAAGAUACCAUCCUCGGGAAAGUUUCAAAAAGGCGUGUAUCCUGUCACGAUCAUAUCACAUGCUCAAGCUGGUGAGGUUAAGGAGCUGAAGGAAGGAGAGAUUGCGAGAAUCACUACCGGUGCACCACUUCCUCCAGGUGCCGACGCUGUAAUAAUGGUCGAGGACACAGUGCUAAAGAGCCUAACAGAUGAUGGCCAGGAAGAGAAGGAGAUCGAAAUACUUACGGACGAAAUCAAGGCCAACGAGAACGUGCGAGAAGUGGGCAGCGAUGUCAAAGAAGGUGCAACAAUUCUGAAGAAGGGUGAAGGUAUCACAGUCGUAGGCGGCGAAUUUGGUCUGCUUGCUUCUGUUGGAACUAAGGAGGUGUCUGUUUAUAGACGACCUAUAGUCGGUGUUUUGAGCACAGGAGAUGAGAUCAUUCCGCAUGAUAGAGAAGGACCUUUGCGACUAGGCGAAGUGCGAGAUACAAACCGCCCCACUCUUAUCACUGCCGCUCGAAACCAUAGAUUCGAGGUCAUCGAUCUCGGUAUUGUUUCAGACAAGCCUGGAAGCCUCGAACAAACCCUCCGCGACGCCCUACGCAAAUGUGACGUUAUAAUCUCAUCCGGCGGUGUCUCAAUGGGCGAACUAGACCUCCUCAAGCCUACAAUCGAGCGCUCUCUCGGCGGAACUAUCCACUUCGGCCGGGUGAACAUGAAGCCCGGUAAACCUACAACCUUUGCGACCAUCCCCGUCAAAGAUAACUCCGGAAACUACGUUAAUAAAGUCAUCUUCAGCCUUCCCGGUAAUCCCGCGUCAGCAGUGGUCUGUUUCCACCUCUUCGUCCUACCGUCGCUACAUCAGCAAGCUGGUAUUACACCAGUGGGCUUACCUAAAGUGAAGGCGGUACUAGAUGAGGAUAUCAGGAUGGAUAGAGGCAGGCCAGAAUAUCAUCGUGCGCUUGUUGUCACGAAAAAUGAUGGGCUAUUGUAUGCGAGUUCUACGGGCGGGCAGAGGAGUAGCAGGAUUGGCAGCUUUAAGGGUGCGAAUGCGCUGCUUUGCAUGCCGCAGGGUGAGGGGAUGUUGAAGAAGGGGGAGAGAGUCGAUGCACUGCUUAUGGCGCAGUUGGGAGAAGUCGGUCGCUGA